AGGCUAUUAUCUUGCUGCCUUCCCCAUAAUUCCCGCUCGCCGCCGCCUCUCGCUCCCUCCGCACCCCCCGCUUCCCCCGCUCGACCCCAUGAUAUGCCUCUCUCAUCCCGCUCGCUUCUGUGCCACUCCCCAGCUGAGCGUCCGGCCUCCCGUUAUUGUCACGAAUGCAUACUAUAACGAGCCGCGGCUGGUUCAGCGGUCGACUUUCUCCCCCGCCGACUCGCGUGUUCCGGCGACAUUGCGCGCCGCGGCAUUGCGCGUAAAUCGCGGCAUCCCGUCCUCGCAGUCGUCGGUGCGCGCUAUACACCAAGCGCGCGGCCGCCUGUUUAGCAGGUGCGCGGUUCCCGCCGCGAUUGCCGCCGAAAUGGCUCCUGACGGCAGCUCCGGUGGCGGCGGCGGCGGCGGCGGCGGCGGCGCGGCAUCUGCGGCGGUAGCGACCGCAAUUGACGGCGACGCGUUGCAAGCGCUGAUUGGUGGUGGGGGAGAGUACGGGGACUCCACAGGGGAGAGCACGAAGAGCGGGACGAGCGGCGCGGGGGCGUGGGAGGAGCCUAGGAGCAGCAUGUGGGAAUGGCGGGAGAACUGGAUGGUUCACUAUGAGGUGGCAGGGGAUGAGACCGACAGCUCUCUCCCCGCGGUGCUCCUGCUGCCGGGCUUCGGCGUGGGCUCCUUCCACUUCCAGCACCAGCUGCGGGGGCUCGCAGCAGGCACAGCAGCAGCAUGGGCAGCAGCAGGGGCAGCAGCAGGGGCGGAAGCAGCGAUGGCAGGAGCAGCAGCUGGCGGGCAGGAGGGAGUGCAGCAGCAGCAGGGGCGGCACCGGGUGUGGGCGAUGGACUUCUUUGGCCAGGGCAAGUCCUGGCCAGCCAAGGAUCCUGCUCCCUUUCCCUCCGCUCCUUCUGCCCCUGCUGCCCCCACGUCUAAUGGCACAGCACAAGUGGCAGAGGAUGGUGAAGAGGCGAUGCUGCUAAGGGCGGAGGAGGGGAGGGGGAAGCUGCCGCAGGGGGCGAAUGCGGAGUCAAGAAAGCCAACAGGAGCGAGGGGGGCGGGUGAGGCGAGUGAGGCUGUGGCGGAUUGGGGGUUUGGGCCCAAGGCGGAGCCGUGGGCGCGCGACCUGGUGUACGGUGCAGACAUGUGGUGUCAGCAGGUGGCGGACUUCAUUGACCAGGUCAUUCAAGAGCCCGUAUUUAUAGCAGGCAACUCCCUGGGCGGCUACAUCGCAGCGUACUUAGCAGCCACGCGCCCGCACCUGUGCCGCGGGGUCCUCCUCCUCAACGCCACGCCCUUCUGGGCCUUCGCCCCGAACCCCGCCGCCCCCGCCCCCUCGCUCCUCGCCCGCCUGUACCCCUUCCCCUGGCGCGGCUCGCUCCCUGUGCCUGCCCUCCCGAGACUCGUUGCGAGGCGAUGGUGGGACAGCCUAAGGCAUCCCGUCACACUCCGCUCGCUCCUCGCCCUCGUGUACACUGACACGGCGCCGCUCACUGCGGACCUCAUAGAGAAGAUAGCACAGCCCACACAGCACCCGGCCUCCGCUGCUGCCUUUGCCUCCAUUGUCUUUGCGCCCAAGACGCGCCUCUCCUUCGACGACAACCUUGCCAGCCUGACCGCCCGCUCUCUCCCCGUGUGCAUCCUGCAUGGGAAGGACGACCCCUGGGUGGGGCCCAUGUGGGCCGCCAGAGCAGCCAGGGCGCUGCCGCAUGCCGCCUUCUUUGACCUCUCGCCGGCCGGACACUGCCCGCACCACGAAAGACCUGAGGUGGUCAACUACCUCAUCUCCUCUUGGAUCUCACACGUCCAUUCCGGCUAUACCACUCCCCUCCCUCUCUCUCCCAACUCGCGCUCCACACACUCACACUCCCCCACCCACUCAGACUCCCCCUCAGCUCCCUCACUUCCCUCCUCUGCCCCCUCCGCUCUUCCCUGGUCACUUGAUAACCUAUGGGGGGAGGGUGAGUGGGAGGAAGGUGUGUGGAUAGAUGGAGCGGGGCUAUGCACCCCCCCAGAAGAGAAGCAAGGCACUGUUACUGAAGGUUCUGGGACUGUAAUAGGGUUUGUGGUUGGUUCCAAGGGUGCUGGGGCAGUAGAUAUGCCCCCGCCUGGAAUCCGGGUGAGGAGGCAUAUGAGGCCGCCGCCGCACCCGAUUCAUCUUGUCGAUGCUGCAGUUGAGACGGUGUCGGCCACUUGGAGACGGGUCACUGGGAGGGCUCAUGCGGAUGGAGAUGGCGGGAGGAAAAAGAACUCGUGAAGUGAGAGGGACUGUGGUGUAAGUGCGAUUUAUUAAUGUGCGAGAAGGCCCCUAGAUAUCAGCCUUUUUACGCUGAUUGAGUCUUUUUUCACGGGUUUCCGAUGUACCAAUGCUGAAUGGCUGGGCUUUUUCUUGCAGUGGAUGCUGAAAAAACAGCUUUUCAUUUAUGUUGAUUGUUUUUUAGGUGCUUU